CGUGCAUCUGCAGAUUUUGAAUCUCCUAAGAAUAACGAAUAUUGAUGGAGCUUGGAUCUGGGGAUUUUGGGUGCGCACAUUACAGGAGGAGAUGUAAAAUCAGAGCCCCUUGCUGCGAUGAGAUUUUCGAUUGCAGGCAUUGCCAUAAUGAAGCUAAGAACUCGAUGGAAGUUGAUAAACUCAAUAGGCAUGAAGUUCCUCGCCAUGAAUUGAGAAAGGUCAUCUGUUCACUGUGUGGCACAGAACAAGAUAUUCAACAAAAUUGUACCAACUGUGGGGUUUGCAUGGGCAAAUACUUCUGUGCAAAAUGCAAAUUCUUUGAUGACGAUGUUUCAAAGAACCAAUAUCAUUGUGAUGAAUGUGGAAUUUGCAGAACUGGAGGGCAGGAGAACUUCUUCCACUGUAAUAAAUGCAGAUGCUGUUAUUCAAGGUUAUUGAAGGAUUCACACCGUUGUGUGGAAGGAGCAAUGCACCAUAACUGCCCAGUCUGCUUUGAGUAUAUAUUCGAUUCAACAAAAGAGAUUACUGCAUUAAAAUGUGGACAUACAAUACAUUUGGGUUGUGUGAAUGAGAUGAUGCAACACCUCCAGUUCGCAUGCCCUGUUUGCUCAAAAUCAGUUUGUGACAUGUCAAGAGUGUGGGAGAAGCUUGAUAAGGAGAUUGCCUCUACGCCCAUGCCUGAAAUUUAUCAAAACAAGAUGGUGUGGAUCCUGUGCAAUGAUUGUGGAACAUCAUCCCAGGUCUGUUUUCAUAUUGUGGCACACAAGUGCUUAAGCUGCAGGUCAUACAAUACUAGGCAGACCCAAGGAGCUCCUGCUUCAUGCUCAUCAGGGGUUUCAGAAUUGGCGAGAUGAUGAUUCGUUGAUCCAAGAUUUCGCUGUGCUGCUCCUGUUUUGAAGAACAUUUACUUCUUGAAUGGAUGGGAUGCCAUUGACCGGUGAAAUUUGAUUUAUAGAAAGAGAACAUGAGAAGUUUUUAUUUGUUCAUCAAUUGCCAGUUAUUCCUUUGGUAUGCCUGGAGCUGGUUUUCAAGAAAUGGCUACUCCCCAUCACUACCGAGCCACCCUGCCCGUUGGUAAACAA